AUGAUCAGGGACCUCUCAUGGAAACUAGAUCCUGGGGAUCGUAACUAUGCGAGUUGCCAGCCACAGGAACUGGGAAAUGGUAUAAUAAUUGGGAGCUUGCUGCCGAAUAUUGCAUAUCUGGCAGACAAUAUAAAGUUUCAAAGCUACUGUGAUGGCCAACUACCUGUUUACAAUGCGGCGAGAAUGACUGAUUUCUCGUACCCAUAUUUGGAUAUUGUGAAAGAGGAUUGGCAAGCUUAUAUUGAAGCGGACGACAUUUUGACUGGCUCCUUUUCUUACGGCAUAUACCCCGUACUGCUUUCUCUUACUGCCAACUUUGUCAUAACUGUCUUUCUGACGUUGUUGAUAUUUAUUAAUAUAAAGAGCAAGCACUCGAAAUAUACCUCAAUCUUAUUAAAAGUUGGAGCUGUUAUUAGUUCGAUAAAGAUCAUUAUUUUUGUGACAAGAGCUUUAAAGGAGCUGUGCCGGCUACACGAUGACUAUGGAGUUGCUACGACGUACCGUAUUAUGCUUUUGUUCUCAUCUGAUCUAAGCUUUUCGAUUUUAGAUUUGAUUUCAAUUUUUCUUUUGCAAUUGUGUCAAGUCAUGAUUGCGAUAAGGUUGUUUUCACGCAACCUGGAGAAAAGGUUGGUUUUCCUCCUCGGUGCUUCCUUGGUCAUUGUAGCAAACGUUCUGUGGGCCAUACCACAAUUCUCGGAUGUGAUUAACCGUGACGAUCCCCAUGCGGAGCUGUUAGCGCCAUUUGUCUAUUUAUUCAGAAUUGCAAUUGCCGCAUCGUAUGCUAGUACUAUAAUAUCUUAUGGAAUCCUGAAGAGGAGAUUUUGUUUUGCCACUAGUCAAAUGGCCAUUUUAACCACAUUAACUGUACUUGUUGUGCUUUUGCAACCAGCACUUUUCCUUGCAGAUGUUUCAAACGUGUGGCUCUCUGGUGUUGGCGAGCUUUUCAAUACCACUUGUUACGUUGGGUCUACUUCAAUAGUAUGGGAGUGGCUAGACAGAUUAGGUGUGAGUGAAAGGAGGGAACAGGCACAAAGCAUAUUAGGUAGACCAAUAUAUGAGGAUGAGCAAAGUGACUAUCAUAUCGCAAAGUAUGCACUGCGGGUACAAAAAGCUUUGACGCACGCAAAAUCUGGAAACUUGGAAGAGAGAAAACAAAUUUCCUCUCUUUGUGAGGCUAGAAGUUCCUCCUGCACCAAUUUUAUAGAUACAGAGGGUGAAAUAACAUUUCAAAACGAUGAGGCAAACUAUAUUGGGGGUCAGGUUGACGGUGAAAGUAUAAAUCAGGUUAAAUUCAAACAACAACAGAGUUUCAAAGAGGUAACGCAGCAAAAGAUAACGGUUGUUUGCGACAGACUACUCUACUAUGCGGACCAGGUGGUUUCGAAAAGCUGGGGUACUUUAAGUUUGAGUUCUAAAAGCACGGAUGAUUCAACAAAACGAGAAAAGAUGGUUAGGAAACGAGUAGGCUUAGACAGACCUAACGAAGUUUAUAUUUACUCUACCAAAGAUGUGAUAUUCGAACCCGAUGGCGAUAUAGAAGAAGAAGAAGAGCAAAAAGAAGCUAAUGAACAAAGAUAUCAUUCCCAUGAUGCCUAG